GGCGUUUUCUUUUUUCUCUUUUCUUCAGCUCAGAUCGAAUUCAUCAUGGUCUAGAAGAGCGCGUCAACACACAAAAUCUUUCUCCUUUUGUUAUUCACUUUGUUCACAAUUGGGUUUCUUUUCUUUUUCUCAACUCAUUCGCAUUAUCACACGAUCGCUCAGUGACCCGCGCAGGGUCUCAAUAUUUUCUAAAUGGAAUGUAUAAUCGGGGAGAAAGGUGCCGCUUCUUACUGGUGCAUGGAAUCGGAUUACCUUUUUGGGGGGGGGACAAACUUGGGAAGGCCACGGGCUAUCACCAUACCACAUCUCGUUCGAAGGCGUUUUCUUGAUGAUUUUCUUGUUUUUUUUUUCUUUCUCUCUUGUCGCAGGCAGUGGCGUAUCAUGGGACGAAAAGCUCAUAUUUUCUUUGGCCUUGGGGGGCUCAUUGUCAUUGCGGGUUUUGAUUCCCAGAAUCAGCCAACACGGGAAGAAGAGAUCGCGAGGCCACGGCCCCGAUCACGAAGUCGAAGGACCGAGGAGAGAAUGAGACUCUGGAUAUGAAUUAACAUGAGAGGGGGGGAGAGUAGGAAAUACCAAGUAGAAGUGGAGGGAGGGUGAGCUGCGGAAGGAAAUGGGCGAGAUGGUAUUCUAGAGACGAAAUGUAAGCUAUGGCUCGCAGGAAAUAAAUUAUCAUCAUAUCAUGAAC